UUGAUUCGAGUUUAAAAAGCACCGGUAGCAGCCACGAGUCAGAGAGCAACGGGUUCCCCUCAGCGCAUCAGGUAGCUCCAUAUACGGGUUGGAGAGGCACUUAUAGCAGCCCCUCUGGCACGGUAUCUGCUAGGGCGCACAGAGGGGCAGUGCCAUGCACACUCCGGACAAUGUGCCGCUCCUGAGCAGAGAGAACCGGUCUCUGGUUUUCAGUCCCACUCAUGACCUAAACAUGGGGACGCCUGGAAACGGCACCGCCGACCUUAACAGCUCCGAUCCGUUCGCGAGAAACGAGGACGUGGCCCAAAUCGAGAUAAUGGUCCUGAGCAUCACCUUCGUUGUGGCUGUGAUUGGGAAUGUGAGCGUCCUAUUGGCGAUGUACAACACCAAGAAGAAGAUGUCGCGGAUGCACCUUUUCAUCAAACACCUCAGCCUGGCUGAUCUGGUGGUCGCCUUCUUCCAGGUGCUGCCGCAGCUCUGCUGGGAGAUCACCUUCCGCUUCUACGGGCCAGACUUUCUUUGCAGGAUUGUGAAGCACCUCCAGGUGAUGGGGAUGUUCGCGUCCACCUACAUGAUGGUGAUGAUGACCCUGGAUCGCUACAUUGCCAUCUGUCACCCUCUAAAAACCCUCCAGCAGCCCACCAAGCGCUCAUACACCAUGAUAAUCUCCACGUGGAUGUGCAGCCUGGUGCUCAGCACUCCUCAGUAUUUCAUCUUCUCCCUGAGCGAGAUCAAGAACGGCUCGGACGUGUACGACUGCUGGGCGCACUUCAUCGAGCCAUGGGGCGCCAAGGCGUACAUCACCUGGAUAACCGUGGGCAUCUUCCUCGUGCCCGUGGUCAUUCUCAUGAUGUGCUACGGGUUCAUCUGUCACAGUAUAUGGAAAAAUAUUAAAUACAAAAAAAGGAAAACGACGGCCGGUGCCGCGAGCAAGAACGGGCUGAUUGGGAAGAAUUCAGUCAGCAGCAUCACAACAAUAUCCAGAGCCAAACUAAGGACAGUUAAAAUGACUUUUGUGAUAGUUGUGGCUUACAUCGUCUGCUGGGCUCCGUUUUUCAUUGUGCAGAUGUGGUCCGUUUGGGAUGAGAAGUUCCAGUGGGCUGAUUCUGAGAACACAGCGGUGACUCUGUCUGCGCUCCUUGCCAGUCUCAACAGCUGCUGUAACCCCUGGAUCUACAUGAUCUUCAGCGGUCACCUCCUCCAGGAUUUCGUGCACUGCUUCUCCUUCUGCCACAAAGUGAACACCGAGUUCAAGAAAGAGGACUCGGAUAGCAGCCUCCGCAGAACGACAUUGCUCACCAAGAUGACCAACCGGAGCCCUACUGGCAGCACUGGCAACUGGAGGGAGCUGGACAAUUCUCCCAAGUCCUCCAUUCAGGCAGAAUGAAGACAAUAUCCAGUGGCAUUCAGAGACGUCAACAUGAACAGCGUCGGCUCAUUUGAAUCUUUAGAAAUGAGUGACGGGGGCUAAAGAAACACUUCCAGAAGCUGGAAGUUGAAGAAAUAUUGAGUAGACUGAAAAUUUGCAGCACUCACUGAAAAUGUGGACAUAUUACAUGUGGCUUUACUAUUCUGUAUAUGUGUACGUGCUCAUUUUCACAACCUCAGCAGAAAUAUUGGAAAAUUAAAAACACACCACUCUCUUAAAUU